GGGAAGAGAGGUCCCCGUUGGGUGAGGAAUCGGAAAGGCCCGCCCCGACUCGGGCCCCCCGCCCUUCUUCCCUGGGCCGGGGGCGCGGGCGAAGCUGGGGCCGGCGGGCACCGAGCGGCGCCGGCGGGACCGAGGCUGCAGCGGGCGGCGAGGCGGGGUUGGGCGGCCAAGCAGCCAUGCCUACCUGGGGGGCCGGCUCCCAGUCCCCUGACCGCUUUGCGGUGUCUGCGGAGGCCGAGGACACGGUGCGGGAGCAGCUGCCCCACGUGGAGCGCAUCUUCAGGGUGGGGAUGAGCGUCCUUCCGAAGGACUGUCCUGAGAACCCUCACAUCUGGCUGCAGCUGGAGGGCCCCAAAGAGAACGCCAGCAGAGCCAAGGAGUACCUGAAGGGUCUCUGUAGCCCGGAGAUACAGAAUGAAAUCCACUACCCACCCAAACUGCACUGCAUCUUUCUGGGAGCCCAGGGCUUCUUCCUUGAUUGCCUGACUUGGAGCACAUCUGCCCACUUGGUGCCGGGAGUGCCCGGCUCCCUGAUGGUCAGUGGCCUGACUGAGGCCUUCGUCAUGGUCCAGAGUCGAGUGGAGGAGCUGGUAGAGCGGCUGAGCUGGGACUUUCGUCUGGGGCCAUCCCCUGGAGCCUCUCAGGGUGCUGGAGUGCCGAGAGAGUUCUCUGCCCUGCUGCAGGCCAGGGGGGAUGCCCACACAGAGGCCCUGCUGCAGCUGCCCCAGGCCAUCCAGGAGGAGCUGCUGAGCCUGGUGCAGGAGGCAUCCCGGGGUCAGGGGCCCCAAGCAUUCCCAUCCUGGGGGUGGGGCGUCCCAGGUCCGCUGGGCGCUCAGCAGCAGGGAGUCAGGACUCCCCUGGGUGACAGUGGAGUGUCUCUGGACACGGGACCUACAGGGUGGCAAGAGUCAAGGGGAGAGAGACAUGCCGUGGAGAAGGAGGGAACAAAGCCGGGUGGUGCCAGGGAGAUGGAUUUGGGGUUGAAGGCGUGGCUCGGGGAAGAGACCUGGGAGAGACUAGUGGCCUUCAGGCCACAGUCAGGAGGAGGAGAGGCCGGGCAGGCAGGGCCUCUAAAGGGGAAGGCCCUGGGGAAGGAGGGAGUUCCCCAAGAAAGAGGAAGGCUUGGGGUCCAGGGCCAGCCUCCUGGUACCCAGGGCCUCUAUCAGAGGGCAUCUCAGCUCCGGGGAGCCUCCCUCCUCCAGCGGCUCCAUAAUGGGGAAGCCUCACCUCCAAGAGUGCCCAGCCCCCCACCUGCGCCUGAACCCCCGUGGCACUGUGGGGACCGGGGGGACCGCGGAGACCGGGCAGACAAGCAGCUGGUUGUGGCUCGAGGCCGGGGGUCUCCGUGGAAACGAGGCACCCGGGGGGGCAACCUGGUGACUGGCACACAGCGUUUCCAGGAGGCUCUCCAAGACCCUUUCACGCUGUGCCUUGCUAACGUGCCGGGCAAGCCAGACCUCCGCCAUAUUGUCAUCGAUGGCAGCAACGUGGCCAUGGUGCACGGCCUCCAGCACUACUUCUCCAGCCGGGGCAUUGCCAUUGCCGUGCAGUACUUCUGGGACCGAGGCCACCGCGACAUAACUGUCUUUGUGCCUCAGUGGCGUUUCAGUAAGGACUCCAAGGUCAGAGAGGGUCACUUCCUGCAUAAGCUGUAUUCCCUCAGCCUGCUCUCCCUCACACCCUCCCGGGUCUUGGAUGGCAAGAGGAUCUCCUCCUAUGAUGACAGGUUCAUGGUGAAGCUGGCUGAAGAGACCGACGGGAUCAUUGUCUCCAACGACCAGUUCCGGGACCUGGCAGAGGAGUCUGAGAAGUGGAUGGCAAUCAUCAGAGAGCGCCUGCUGCCCUUCACCUUUGUGGGAAACCUCUUCAUGGUGCCGGAUGACCCCCUGGGGCGAAAUGGCCCCACCUUGGAUGAGUUCCUGAAGAAACCGGUCAGGGCACCGGGGUCUUCUAAGCCUCAGCCUUCUGCCAGGGGCGUCACAGAACACAGUCAUCAGCAGCAGGGGAGAAAAGAAGAGGACAAAGGCAAUGGUGGCAUUCGGAAGACGCGGGAGACAGAGCGGCUCCGGCGCCAACUGCUGGAGGUGUUCUGGGGCCAGGAUCACAAGGUGGACUUCAUCCUGCAGCGUGAGCCGUACUGCCGGGACAUCAACCAGCUCUCUGAGGCCCUGCUUAGUCUCAACUUUUGAGCCUCACCUGUCUGAGUGGCCGCCCCCCUGCUCAGCUCCAGUCUUACCCAGUUCAGCUCAUCCUGAGGGUCCCUCUGCUGCUCACACCCUGCCCCAGUCCACCCCCCCCCACCUCGAGUUGGUGCUCUGUGUCAGAGGUUCUGAGGAGGAGCAUCCGUACGUGAGGAAUGCUCUUGUGUGGAGCACUUUGGGGACAGGUCCGUGACGUGACCUGAUCUCAUCUUGAGUCAGGACCUCGACCAGCUCUCAGGAGGUUCUUCUAAGCCUUAAUUUCUCAACCUUGCCUUAUGCAGGGUUUCUGUAGGGAGCGGGGGCUGCUGCAAGGGGUGGAUGCCGGAGACUGGGACUGCUGGCCCCUCCUCCAUGCCAAGCUGGGGGUGGAGGCUAGGCUAGGGUAGGUGGGAGGGGAAGGGAGAACAGGUGGCCGGGAAGCUGAGCCUUUCCUCCUGUGGCUGCUGCUCUGAAGGCCAGAGGACAGGAACGCUUCCCAGGCCUGGCUGGGCUCCUGGGUGCAGCAAAGGGAAUGCUGGCCCCUGGAAAGGCUCAUGUUCCGGGGUCUGGGUCACAGUGGGGCAGCAGCGAGCUGGUGGAGAAGGCAGAGGGAGACUUGGCUUCUGGUCUCAGCUGUGCCUGCCUGUGCCCUUGACUGAUCUUGGUCUUUACUUCUGCCUACAAGUCGGGGGUAAAAACGCCUGUUGGGAGGAGAGAUGAGAAGGUGGAGGAAAACCCUUUGGACGAAAGGUACUUGGACCAAGUCUCAGGUGUGUCUGUCUGUGGUUGCACAGGCUUCUUAACCAGAACCUCACUUUCAGAGAGCUGAGGGUCCUCUGUCCCCAGGGCCUGCGUCCUGGAUUUUAACACUGCAUCCUCAGUAUAAUGUGCCCUGUAAUGGCUGCGUCCCUUUUGGGCAACCCUCCCCGCCCAAUCCACAUUUACAGAACAGGUAAUUAGGGUGACUGCAUUACCAGUAAACUCUCAGGGUUUGUUCCUCUCAAUGGCAGCUCUCCUGUUGCAUCCAGGUGUUUGUUUACAGAUGAACGAAUGUGUUGGAUAGUCCCAGUCUCUGGUUAACGCACUUGCUCGAGCGCGGAGCAGUCACCAAGCUGAUGAAGCCAUGUUCUGUGAGGACAAUGACCACGUGACCUGACCCUAGCAUUUUCUCUACAGAACAGUUAUGUCGCAUAAAGUGAAUCCCACUUCUG